AUGCCCCAGACGAAACCGUUCGAUGGUCUCCGCUUCUGCUGCACAGGCAUCCUCUCGCACAUCCGCGAGGACUUGGCUGAAAAGAUCGAAACGCUUGGAGGCACCCAUUACAGCGACUUGAUGAGCGAUGUCAACUACUUGAUUGUGGGGGAAAGAGCCACUGCCAAGUACAAUUUUUGCAUCAAGAAGCGUCACGACAUCAAAUUCAUAGUGGCAGAUACGGUGUCGGAGGUGUAUGACCUUUGGCUUAAGGGAGAAGACGAAGGAUCAAAGAAACUUGACAUCAACACCCAUUUGAUGCCUGUGUUCGAUCACACCAACGUGUGUUUCUCCCGAAUUGAGUUCAGCACGGGCGAGCUCAGGCUACUCUUUCGAAAGGACCUGUUCAGGUACAAAGCCUUGAAGAAAAUGAGUCUCAAUGUUGAAGACUACCUCACCACCAAGAACCUCAUUGGCGUGAUCAACAAGCACGGAGGUAAAUGCACCGAGUCGUUGACUCUUGCCAACACCUGCGUGGUGACCACAGAGAAGGCAGGAAGGCGAUACAAUAAGGCCACUGAGUGGAAGAAGCCAGUAGUGCACCCUAUAUGGAUUUUUGACUCGAUAGUCCGAGGAGGUCUUCUCAACUACGACGAGUACAACCUCGGCAACGAAUACAACGGAUGCGAUGUGUGGAACGAGGUGAUCGACACCAGGACAAAGCCUGUAGUGGAGGAGCCACGGAUCAAGCUACAGAAGAAUACCGAGAUCUGGAACUCUAUUAUGGAGAACAAACUGAAGAAUAAGAGGGUGGUGCAAAACUCGGUCUGGGAUGAAGAGGAGGAAGAGGAAGACAAUUACGAGGUAGACAAACCGGGUGUGGAGGGCGACGUCGAAUCCAAGACUCCAAAAGAGCAGGAAAACCAGUUAUUUCUGGAGUUCAAUUUCCUCCUUAUUGGAUUCAGCUCGCAAGAGGCCACCCUAUUAACCAAAGUCAUCAGCAACCACGGAGGAGAUGUCACCAGCGACACUGGCGAUGAUAGCAUAACACAUGUGAUGGUUCCAGCAUCCAAAGGAACCCAGUCGUUUCUGAUGCUCCGCAUCCUCUCGCCCCCCAUGAAGGCCAAGAUCACCAAUGGCGAGAUAAUAGCCGUCACCGAAUGGUUUGUGGAACGGUCGAUGUUCUACAACCGCACCAGCAUAGACCGUUGGGGCCAGCCCAUGAAGGGAUUGGUGCCUUCGACCAGGAAGUUCAAUGUGUGCAUCACAGGCUUCACUGGCAUCGAAUUAUUGCAUGUGGAGAAGUUGAUCCGCUACUUGAACUUCGAGUUCUGCGAGUCCUUAACUUCCAACAGGGACUUGUUGGUGGUCAACGUCAACUUGUUCAAAACGAGUUUGUCCAAGAACUCUCCCAAAUUGUUGGAGUACAAGUACUCUGACAUCACUGACUGUCCCACCUUCCAGCAGGGUGGGGCAUCGGUGGCGGUGCUCUCUUCCAAAAACAAGAUUAACGCCGCCAAAAAAUGGCAGAUUCCCGUGGUUUCCGUGGCAUACUUGUGGGAGAUCAUGGAGCUCUCCUCAGGCAAGCCAAAGCAAGUCAUGCCCAACAUCAUGGAUUUGACGUGGUGCUUGUUUGCACCCAGAACCAGCCCUCGCGCCAUGUCGUUGAUGGAGUACAACAAGAACAUGGACGCUGAGCCCACCAACGGACCCCAGCACGAGCACAGCGACUCUCCUAGCGACACCAGAGACUCUACCUCUAGCAAACGCUCUGACGACAGCGACAGUCUUCGGUUGCCGUCGCCUCGCAAGGCUGCAAAACGACAAAAGUAUGGCCAGUUGGCAGGACUGAGAGAGGCGCUGUCCUUGACCAACAAGCUCCAACAAGCGCAGUACCAGGCGCAGGACGGCCCCGACGACUAUCAAGACGAGGAACGCAUGAACUUCGACGUCACCAACGACGAUGACGAUAUCAUCACCCAGGUUGGCUACCAAAAUACAGAAUCGGCGCGGAACGACCAGGAGUUGCUAAAGAAACUAGGAGACGACGGGUUGCGGGAGCAACCUGCUAGACGGCCUCGGGAGGUGAAAAAGCCGGCCAAGUACACUAAAUAGCAUCAUAGCACCCAGCAUACACAGCAUCCCAGGAUCCCAGUAUCCCGUAGACACAGUAGUACUGUGAAUGGAAGACACCCUUUGGUGCCUAGGGCUGCAGCCCUCAC